AUGUCAUCGCUACGAUCCACUCUUGUGUCAGCUUUAGUUGUGCUUUGCUUAGCCAGUUUUGGAGCGGAAGCUUUCUUGGGCGGAUGUGGUUAUGGUGGAUUUGGAUUUGAAUACAACAUAUAUGGAGGAUACGGCGGAUUCGGUUGUGGAUUGGGUGGUAUCGGAGCUUAUGGUGGUAGUUUUGGAGCAUCGGGGGGCUACCAUGGCGAGUUGAUAAUCCUAUUGACACACAUCGAAAUCGCCGUUUCCGUGAAGUGCUAUGUAUAUUCACCAGACCAGGGUGCUCGAAGAAAAGUUCCAUCUAACGCUGCUCACUGCACAUUUACAAUGUCAUCUCGAUGCAUGCAAGGCCAGUACUCUGAAGGUAUCCCUUGGGACAUGAGUCUGGUAAAGGACGGCUGCUACAUUAUGAAAUCCACAAACAUGUUUGCGUGUACGUGCUCUUCGAAGGACUUCUGUUCAAGUGAUCACAAGUUCAUAAGGAAUCUUUGGAAAAAAUCUUCUUCUUACGACAAAGGAAGUUUGUUUACAAAUUGCUUGAACACUCUUGUAGCAGAUGAAGCAACAUCUGAUGUAGACAAAUCAGAAAGUAUGCGGCUCAGUGACGAAGAUGAAGGAUGGUCGUUUGAUGAGUUCUCCUUUAAAUCAUUCAAAAAUUCGACUUUAGUUAAAAUGCACAACUAUUUCUUCGUGUUGAUCGCUGUGCUGUUUGCCCUUUGA